UAUUAUACGCCUCCGGCAUGAGCUCCGGUAUUCUAGCUCGGGCUCACGCCACGGAGUCCACAGAUUCACCCGUCCUCCCUCGCGCCGCGCCGGGGCGGUUGCUUGAUCUCAACCCGCCGGCCGCCUCCUCACCCACUCUUCCCCUCCUCGGACCUCGGGAGUCGGGCCGCCUCUCCUGUCCCGAGCCCGACCCGGCUCGCUCACUCGAUCGUGUCGCGCUCGCGGCUCGCGUGGGAACGCGUUCCAUCCAUGUAACAGCAGCAGCGCGCAGCUCGCCACUGACCCAACUACGCGCCCGCCUCCACGAUCGCCGUCCUCGCCGCCGCGGGGGUUUCCAAUGUGGCGGCGCGGGGCGUACGCCGACGCCGCCCACCACCUCCCCACCGCGGGCGCCGCGCCGGCGAUCUCCUCCUCCGGAGUCGCCGGCGCGGCGGGAGCUGCCCGGAGGCGGCGCCGCCCGGGGCUGUCUUGCCGGCCGAGCCACCUCUUCUUCGCGCUCCUCAUCGCGCUCUUCACGGCCUCUCUGCUCGUGGUGUGGCAGCUGCUCCCCAUCGGCGACGGCGACGCGGCGGAGGCGCCCCCGCAGCCGGAGGGAAGCGACGCCGGGGGAGGGGUGUUGCGGUUCUCGGCCUCGCGCUUGGCGCUGCGCUCGUUCGACGGCGAGAGCCGGCUCGAGGCCGCGAGAUCCGAGCGGCGGUGGUGGGCCGGCCUCGCUCCCAUCAGGGUCGCCCUCGUUGUGGGAAUCAUGAACAUAGAUGCACAAUCUCUUAUGCUCGCAACUUUGGCAAAAAGUCUUACGGGUCUGGGUUAUGAAGUCGAGGUUUUAGCAUUUGCAGAUGGGAAAGCUCGAGAUAUUUGGGAAAAUAUUUGCCACAUACAUGUUGUUAAUUAUGCGAGUUUGAAGUUUGUCGACUGGUCAAAGUACAAUGGUGUGCUCUUAAGCUCUCUUGAGGGGAAAAGAGUUGUUUCGAUUCUUAUGCAGGAACCUUUUCAAUUUCUACCAGUUGUUUGGCUUAUACACGAAGAUACUCUUGGACAGCAUGUUAGAAGUUAUGUGGAGUUACAUGAGUCCAUUCCAAAUGUCAUUGAAGAUUGGAGGACCCAUUUUAAUGCAUGCACUUAUGUUGUGUUUCCAGAUAGCUACCUUCCUUUGUUAUACUCCCCUCUUGAUUCUGGGAAUUUCUUGGUGAUUCCUGGUUCUCCAGUUGAAAUCUGGGCAGCUAAAAGAUAUGGCUUCUCGCAUUCUCAAGAAACUAUAAGAAAACAGCAUGGGAUUGAAGAAGAUGAAGUCAUUGUUUUGGUUGUCGGAAGCUACUUAUUCUUUGAUGAAUUGCCAUGGGAUUAUGCAACAGUCAUGCGUGCAUCAGCUCCACUCAUUUUGGAUAUAGCAAAAACUAAAGAUUUGAGAGUGCAGUUUAUUUUUUUCUGUGGAAAUGACACCGAUGCCUACAACUCAGCUUUCCAGGAACUUGCCUCACACAUGGGAUUUCCUGAUGGUUCUGUAAAGCAUUUCUCCAUGACUUACGAUAUUAGGAACCUGUUAAUGUUUGUGGAUGUUGUUCUCUAUGGAUCUUUAAGACAAGAACCUGGUUUUCCUCCUUUGUUAUUGCGGUCCAUGUCCUCUGAAAUUCCAAUCAUUGCGCCAAAUCUGACUUUUAUAACAAAAUAUGUCACUGAUGGCGUCCAUGGCUUCCUUUUCAAUUCUGAUGACCCAAGCACAGUGGCUUCAGCUUUCACACGAAUUUUAGGAGGAAAAAAGCUUUUGGAUACUGCCUAUUCUGUUGCUUUGGAGGGGAAGCUACUUUCCAAGAACAUGUUAGCAUAUGAUUGUAUCACUGCUCAUGUUAAGCUUCUUGAAAGUGUGAUGCAUUAUCCUUCAGAUGCAAAAUUACCGUCUUCUGUUUCUAAAAUUCAAGAGAGAACAUGGUUAUGGGAUCCUUUCGAGAUGAAAGCUGCACUUGAAAAUGGUUCUUUGGAAGAUGAAAGCCAUAGCAGCACAAGGGUUGUUGAUAUUCUUAUGAGAGAACUCAAUCAAAGUAAUCAGACAACUUAUUCUGAUAGCAAUAAUACUUCUUCCUAUGACUACCCUAGCUUAUCUGAUUGGAAUUAUUUAAGUGAGGUCGAUAUCUUUGAAGACAUUGAGAGGAGAGAAAUGGAGGAGAUUGAUGAAAGGGUGGAAAGACCUUUGUUAUCAUGGGAUGAGGUGUACAGAAAUGCUCGUAAAUCAGAAAGGCUAAAGCCGGAAGGAAAUGAACGUGAUGAAGGUGAACUGGAACGGACUGGCCAACCUGUGUGUAUAUAUGAGAUUUAUACUGGAGAGGGAGCAUGGCCGUUUUUACACCGUGGAUCUUUAUAUCGUGGCAUUACACUUUCAAAAGGAGGCAGGAGACCAAGAUCAGAUGACAUUGAUGCUGUUACCAGGCUUUCAGUACUGGACAACCCAUACUAUCGUGAUCUUCUUUGUGAACUUGGUGCUAUGUUUGCCAUUGCGAACAGAAUUGAUACUGUACAUAAGUUACCAUGGAUAGGUUUCCAGUCAUGGCGGGCUGCUGGAAGAAAGGUAUCCUUGUCUGGAAGUGCUGAAGAAACCUUGGAGGAAACUAUGGCUGAAGAAAAUAAUGAGGAUGUUAUAUACUACUGGGCGCCAUUAGUUCUGGACCAAAGUUCCAACUUUUGGUCGAUGUGUGAUUUCCUAAAUGCUGGCCAUUGCAGAUCUCUUUUUGAAGAUGCAUUUAGGACUAUGUAUGGUCUGCCAGAGGGUGUCGCAGCCCUUCCACCAAUGCCCAAUGAUGGUGAUUAUUGGUCUACUCUUCACAGCUGGGUGAUGCCCACCCCAUCAUUUUUGAAAUUCGUCAUGUUCUCAAGGAUGUUUGUCGAUUCUCUUCAUAGCUUGAAUGAGAACAGUACUGAGCCAGCUUCAUGCUUGCUUGGAGCAUCACAACCUGAGAAAAGGCACUGCUAUUGUCGAAUCCUGGAAGUCCUUGUAAAUAUCUGGGCUUAUCACAGUGGAAGGAAGAUGGUCUACCUUAACCCGGUCACUGGAGAUAUCAGAGAGCAGCAUCCACUCGAUGAAAGAAAUGAGAUGUGGGUAAAGUUCUUCAAUUUCACCCUUUUAAAGAGCAUGGAUGAGGAUCUAGCAGAGGAAGCGGAUGACGGCAUGCAUCCUGGAAAUGAUCAAUGGCUAUGGCCAUUAACUGGUCAAGUGUUCUGGCCUGGUAUUGCUGACAGGGAAAGGGAGGAGAAAUAUAUAAGAAAAUUGGACAAAAAACUCAAGAACAAGGUGAAAUUGCUUGAAAGGCAGAAGUCUGGUUACAAGCAGAAGCCCCUGGGACCAUGACUGUGAUGGAAGCUAACAAUUUGAAGAAAAAAAUUGAAUCACAUGCAGCUUCAAUCCAUUAGUGCUCUUACUUCCUGUUUUCUGAUACAGCGAUUGAACACGAUCUCGUGGCAGAAGAGGUAAACCGCCAAGGCACCAUUGUUGUGAAUACACAUUCUUUUUACGCCUCCUUGAUUUCCCUCUCCAAAGGAGCUUGGCUAAGCUGGAGGGUAUUGCCAGGACGGGGAAUCGCCGAUUCAUUUCUUUCCUGUUCAUAUAGAGCGGUUAUAAAUUGUGCCAUAUAGUUCCCACUUGCCAUGAAAGGGGCAGCUAUCUACGGAAGGAGAGCAGAAUUUUGGUAGUUAUCUAACUGACCAUCGUUGUACAUGUAAAUUCCCAGUAGACAGGGACCGUCGUGAAAGUAAUAAUCAUGUUAAAUUCUGGUA